CCUCGUUCUUGAACGCACACAACAGAAGAAAAGAAUAAGCACAUCGCAGCUACUACGUUCCGAUGGAGACGGAACUAGUAGUCUCUUUCAUGGGCGUCGUGCUCGCCACCGCUCUUCUCGUCGUCACCGUCCUCCGCCGCAAGCGCUGCUCCAGCUCCAGCUCCAGCCGCGAGUACAGGCUCCCACCCGGCCCUCGCCCGUGGCCGGUGAUCGGCAACCUCAACCUGCUCGGCUCGCUCCCGCACCGCUCCAUCCACGCGCUCUCGGCGCGGCACGGCCCGUUCAUGUCGCUCCGCUUCGGCUCCGUCCCCGUCGUCGUCGGCUCGUCGGUGGACGCCGCCAGGUUCUUCCUCAAGACCAACGACGCGUCCUUCAUCGACCGCCCCAAGAUGGCGUCCGGGAAGCACACCGCCUACGACUACUCCGACAUCGUCUGGUCCCCCUACGGCGCCUACUGGCGCCAGGCGCGCAAGCUGUGGAAGGCCAACCUCUUCAACGACAGGCAGCUCAGGUCGCUGGAGCACGUCCGCAGCGAGGAGCUGCGCGUGCUCCUGCGCGACCUGCGCGCCCUGUCCCUGUCCUCCUCCUCCUCCGCGUCCGCCGGGCGCGGCGGGGGCGUCGUCGCGCUCAAGGAGCACCUGCUCAUGCUGAGCCUCAACGUGAUCUCGCGCAUGGCGCUGGGCGGGAAAUACGUCGGCGAGGGCGGCACCGCUGGCUCGCCGAUCUCGCCGGCCGAGUUCAGGUGGAUGGUCGACGAGCUGUUUCUCCUCAACGGCGUGUUCUGCGUCGGGGACUUCAUCCCCUGGCUCAGCUGGCUGGACAUUCAUGGCUACGUCGGGAGGAUGAAGAAGCUGGGCAAGAUGUUCGAUCGCUUCUUGGAGCACAUGGUGGAGGAGCACAGCCAGCGACGGCGGCGAGAAGGCGAUAAGUUCGUUGCCGCGGACAUGGUGGACCUGCUGCUGGAGCUCGCCGACGACCCCAAACUUGAGGUGCCCAUCAAACGGGAUGGCGUCAAGGGAUUCGCUCUGGACCUCAUCGCUGGCGGCACGGACUCCUCGGCGGUGACCAUCGAAUGGGCCAUGUCGGAGCUCCUGCGGAAUCCCGAUGUGCUCUCCAAGGCCACCGAGGAGCUGGACGGCGUCGUCGGCCGCGAACGCCUUGUCACCGAGCAGGACAUUCCGAACCUGCCGUACCUGGAGGCCAUCGUGAAGGAGGCCUUCCGCCUGCACCCCGUGACGCCGCUGCUGGCGCCGCGGCUGUGCCGCGAGGACGCUUCCACGGGCAGCUACGACAUCCCACGGGGCACGCUCGUGUUCGUGAACGUCUGGACCAUCGGCCGCGACCCCGCCGUGUGGGGCGACGACGCGGAGUUCUUCCGCCCGGAGAGGUUCGUCGGCAGCGGCGUGGACGUGAAGGGGCAGGACCUGGAGCUGCUCCCGUUCGGGUCCGGCCGCCGAAUGUGCCCGGGCUACGUCCUCGGGCUCAAGAUGGUGCAGGUGACCCUGGCCAACCUGCUGCACGCCUUCGCGUGGCGGCUGCCGGAUGGCGUGGCCCCGGAGAAGCUGAGCAUGCAGGAGAAAUUCGGCCUGGCCGUUCCGCGCUUCGUCCCUCUCGAGGCCGUCGCCGUGCCCAGGCUGCCUGCACACCUCUACGCCUGAGGGACGUCGACGGGAAAAUUCAGAAAAGGUGCAGCUGCACCCACUAUCUACUAUAUACAAUCACCCAUAGACGUCAAUCUGCCUCGUGAUCGGCACCACACCGAAGCUAGACCAAGAGGAGGUUGCUUGUCUUAUGGGUGCAUACGUAUAGUAUUGGUAGAUUUUAGUUAUGUUUUAUUUUUACCUAUUUACUUGGCUGAUAAGCUAUGGUGCAGCUUAUAUAUUCGGAUCAGGUAGACUUUUGUUAGAUUUCAUAACAAACGGUAUGUAUAUAUACAUAAGAAAAAUCAUCUAUCGUAGACUGUUUGGCCCCACCAUCUUUGCUCCUCACCUCCUAUUUUCUUAAAAA